CAUCUUUGGAGUAUCUUCUGACCGAUCUGCAGUAGAGAGUUAUCUGUAUCAGGGUUUUUGAUAUUUCCUAGGAAGAAGAAGAAGAAGAUUCUGGCCGGAGAUGUCGUUCAGGAAAGGUGGCAGUGGGUGGACGUCGUUCAGGAAAGAAGAGCUUCAAGAAGAAGAAAUCUGGGGGGUUUUCGGCGGCGGAGAAGCUGACGAUGAGUCAUCGCCGUCGUCCACGACCCGGCGGCGCAUAUCCACGGCCGCCAAAAUGAUCCCAAGGUCCAACAACAGAGAACCCAAAAUGGCCCAUCAACAACACUCAUCAGCGCCUGUCAACAUACCUGACUGGUCAAAAAUCUACGGCGCCGCCGCCGCCGCCGGCGAUGGUUUUUUGAGGAGUAGCUGGGAAAGUGACGGGGACGAAGACGAUGUAAAUGGCGGAGAAAUGAUGCCGCCGCACGAAUGGCUUGCGAGGAAGUAUGCGAGGAGUCAGAUAUCCUCUUUCUCGGUGUGUGAAGGCGUUGGAAGGACACUGAAAGGAAGGGACAUAAGCCGAGUUAGAAAUGCCGUGCUGACCCGAACCGGUUUUCUUGAAUAAUUGUCAGUCUGUCACGAACAUGAUUAGUCGUAUCAAAACAUCGGAUCGCAUCAAAACAUCAUGCAUUACCCUUCCAUGAUGUUUUGAAUAUAAUAGUAGUGUUGAAGUGAAAUGUGGUGUUUGUUUAAUGCAAAUCCCAUGUAUGUAGUGUUGUUGCUCCUUUAAUUUUCAUCAUCAAAAGCUCUCAAGUUUGUCUUUUGGAUAUGAUAAUUU